CACCGGGAUUGGUCUACACUUACCUAUACAACCCAUUGUCGAGAGCUCCUCUCCCUCCCUCUCUCUCUCUUUCCUCUCGCCUCUACCUCCGGAGACGGCAUGGAUCGCGCACACCACCAAUGCCCAACGCGAAUCGAUGGAUAGCCAGGCCGUAAUCACUACGGACACCCGAUGGCGGACGAGGCCGACCUCCUGCGCCGGAUCCACAGCCUGGCUGACCUCGACCUGGCUGCCCUCCUCUGCCUCAUCAGCCGCGAGCACUGCAUCGUGACCACCGAGCCCCCCGAGCUCGACGACCUCGUCUCCGAGCUGCGCCUUGUCGCCUCCCGCACCUUCGGAUUGUCCUCUGCCGUCGUCGACUGCACUCCGCAAACCACCCUCGAAGAGCUCGUUGCCUCCAUCCAGAUCCAGCCUCGGUAUCCGUCGCCAGCGCCGCCUACACCCAGCGGUCUCAAUCCCGCCGCACGCUCCUCCUCCUCCUCCUCCUCCCCCCCCGAGUACACUCUCCAGCGCCGCGGCACUGAUGCGUCUCGCUUGCACGGAGGACAGCAGCAGCAAUAUGCCCACCACCGCCAAAACAGCAGGAAUAGCACCCACUUCGGAAACAGUGCCACCGCUGCUGCCGCGUCGAGUAGCAGACACCAGACGACACCGCCACAGAUCGCCAACGUCAUCCUCGCCAAGAACCUCGACCGCGCCCCCAGAGUCGUGCAGAUCCAGUGCCUAGAGCUGCUGCGAACGCGGCGCAUACUCACGCGCACCAGCGUGCAGACGGCGCCCAAGCAGUUCCUAUUCGUGGCUGUGCUCGCCGGCGACGGUCCCGAGUCCGAAGCCGAGCCCGCCUCUAGCCAUGCCGCCGCUAGGCUGGUCAACCACCUCAACGACUUCUUCUACAUAGCGCACUGGCAUGACCCCGAGGACGGCUUCGCGCACCUGGAGGAGGAGGAGCAGGAGCAGGAGCAGGAGCAAGACGGAGCACGGGCAGAGAAGGCCGCGAUGGCAGCCAGGAGCGGCGAGGGUGGAAGCGAGGAUGCCGAGGAUCACGACGACGAUUACGAAAGUAUGGACGAGGCCGACAGCGCCUCGAGCGUCGUCGUCCGCCGGAGCGUCGCCGAGAUGUCCGUCCUCACCAAGACGCCGACCCUGCAAACGAGCCGAAGUCGCAGCAACACGAACACGGAGACGGACGCACAGCAGCAGAGGCCAUCUAAACCUGCCUACGCGCAUACCACCACCGACCCCGGCCCCUCAUCCCCCCUGACGCCCCCGUUUGCCUCGCCGCCGCCCUCGUACCCCUUCGCCUACCCUUCGCCGCCUCCUCCCGGCCCCUUCUCCUCCUCCCCGCCUCCGCCGCCGCUCCUCCCGGAGUCGGCCAUCACGCUACUAUCGCAGCGCGCGUGCGCGGUGGCGACGGACGUGGACGUGCUGCGGUACCAGCACAACGUGGUGGCGUUCCUGCGGCUGCACCGGGCGGUGUUCCCGGCGGCGGCGGCGAGCGCGUCGCCGCUGGCGGCGCGGCACCUGGGGCGGCUGUCGGCGUGCCUCGCGGCGCUGCACGGGCUCGACUUCGUCACGCCGGCGCUCGUCGCGCUCGCCACGCGCAAGACCUUCCCGCACCGCCUGCGCCUCGCCCCCGCCGCCCGCGAGCGCAGCCUCCAGUGGGGCAGCGACCCCGCCGCCGCCGCCGCCGUCCUCGCCGGCCUCGCCCCCGACGACGUCCUCGACGACGUCCUCGCUGCGGUCGCGCCCCCGCUGUGAAGGGCGGUGCGCUGCGCCGCGCGUAGAGAGAGGGGUGGAUGGAUGGGUGGAUGGAUGGAUGGAUGGAUACAUCCGGAUAUUGUACAUAUGCAUAUAUAUACACUUGCCCGCGCGUGCUUGCGCAUCGCUAACGUCGCCCCCGACUACGCGAGAUCCGAGCCGCGCCGCGACACAGACGAUCGGGCGGACGGCGACGCUAGGUGGUUGGGUAGGGGACGGGGCCGGGAUAGACGGGAUAGAUAGAUAGGUAGAAGAUAUAGACGCGUGAGUAGAGCAGACCAGACCAGACCAGAGCGCGAGCUUACCGGCUAGUCUCGCCGGCCUGCCUACCCUACGCUACCCUAGACAGCGAGCGAGGUGGGAACGCAGAUUGGUUAGGCGGUGGGUACGGAGGUAGGCAGGCAGGUAGACGUGCAAUUUACAUAAUACACAUAUACACAUACAUACAUACAAUCCAUCUACUACGGUCAAA